CGUGUGAGCCAUCCAUUCAUUUCCUCCUGAGAAAGAGUUGGAGGAGGAGGAACCAGUGAGAAGGGGGUAACAUCAGAAAGUGCGACAGAAGAAAAUAAGAUAUUGUAGAAAAGAAAGAUAAAGGGACGUUGUGAGGAUUGUGGCUCUCGCUGUCAAAUACUGAGGUUGAUAAACAAGGCACAGUGAUAUCAGGAUGCUGAUGCUGGAUGGAAUGCCAGCCCUGCCAGUUAAAAUCGAUCCUGCAGAGUCACAGAGGCGGUCUCCUGUGAUCCAUGACUACACAGAGAUGGGCGUGCUGGUGUUGAACCACAGAUUUCGGGCAGAAGAAAUGCGAUUCCUAUCUGACCCGUUUCAGACACAAACUGAGCCUGUGGAUCUGUCCACGAACAAAGCCAGAACCUCCCCAUCGCUUUCUGCUUCUUCAUCUUUGUCCUCAUCCCCCUCAUCAUCCUCUUUAUCGAUACGAUUUUGUCCGCGGUCCCCUCCUCCCAGCAAGUCUGUGUUAUCUUCAUCUUCAUCUUCACCAUCAUCAUUAUCUUUUUCCACUUCAGUCAUAACCCCCGUUCCUCGUUUGAAGAUGUCCCCAUCCAGCCCUGGUCCAGUGGUGGCAUCUCCCCUAUCCAGGAGUCUCAGGGGCCAGUCAUUUUUGCACAUACCCCAGCUGAUGCCUCCAUGCUCCAGUGCCGUUCACCUCCACCCCCGCAGGGUGCCAGUGGUAGUGCAGCCCAUGCCUGUGGUCUACCCUGGGAUUGGAUCUUUGGGCAACAGCAGGCUAAUGAUGCCACUGCUGGAGGAAGACAGGAUGCACAGGAAAGUCACACAGCGAAUCGCAGAUGGACUGUCACCACGGCGGUCUUUGAGUGACAGCGAGGAUGAUGACCUGCCCAACGUGACCUUGGAGAGUGUGAAUGAAACAGGCUCCACCGCCCUAACCAUCGCCCGCGCUGUGCAAGAUUCCUUGUUGCCAUUCGGUUUUGAUAGUCUCCGAAGGCCCAGGCCCUCAGAAUCACCAGACUCGAAGAGAAGACGCAUCCACAGGUGUGAAUUUGAAGGCUGCAAUAAGGUGUACACAAAAAGCUCUCAUCUAAAAGCCCACAGACGCACACACACAGGUGAAAAGCCAUACAAGUGUACAUGGGAUAACUGCACGUGGAAGUUUGCACGCUCGGACGAGCUGACGCGACAUUACCGUAAACACACAGGUGUCAAACCGUUCAAAUGCAGCGACUGUGACCGCAGCUUCUCCCGUUCUGAUCACCUCGCUCUCCACCGCCGCAGACACGCUCCGCAGACAUGCUUAGUGUGAUAGAUGCAUUUCAUGGACAAACAGACAGACAGAGCUGGACUCUAUCUGUUAGUGUUGGAGAAGGUCCGGAUUUUUUCCCCGCACCAACAAUAAACAGGUGAAAGAAAAGUACGGCAGGAAAGAUAUAACAGGGAUGGAGGGAUUGAUAUGAGGUGUGUGUGUGUGUGUGUGUGCGUGCGUGCGUGCGUGCGUGCGUGCGUGCGUGCGUGUGUUAUGAUUAUUCAUUAGCAUUUAAGUGUCUAUCUUUCCCUCAUCAGUUUAUAUUCUGCACUUUUUUGUGAGGUUUAUUCCAAUCAACAUACUGUAAAGGUCAGUCAAGAUGACAAUUUACACUGACCAUUGUAAGUGCUGGAUUUUAUUAAUGUAUCAUAAAAGCCAUGUGCUGUUACAAAUGUAUAUGAUCCUUAAAAUCCUCUUCAGGUUUACUUGGGGAUCCACCAGCCUCAUGGAAUUGUAGUUAUUUCACACCAGUCUGUAAAGUAUUUUCAUAAGAAGAAUAGUUCUUAGUAUUUCUUUUUGCCUGAAAGGCAAUGCAGAUCAUUGAAAUCAAUUCUGUGAGCAGGGUUUGGUUAUGCAUUUGGUGACUAAAAGUCACUUUGAUACAAAAACGAAAAUUGCAGUGUAAUGAUGGCAUGGCUGCAGGUAUACAGCUAAAUCUCACUCUGUAGAGCAAAGUACAAAUCAGAUUCAUUGCAAAGCAUACAACAAAGAAAAGUAGACAUUCAUGUACACAAUUUAUAGUUAUUAAAUUCAUAUUUUAGCUUCAAACUCUGCAUGGGCUCCAGUUAUCACUUUAUUAUGAAAGCUGAAGGGGUUGUUUCAUCGUGUUUGAAUGUGAAGAGAAGGCCAUAUUCCAUUAAUAUACCUGUAGUGUUCUGUCCUCUCAGCAGUCGCUGUCUGCGAGAGAGAAGUUGUCUCGCAACUUUUCCUUGCAUCAUUUGUGCACAAAACUAGUGUAGCAUAUGUCUGUAUAUUUUUUGUAGGCUUCAACAUGUGGUAUAUCAUUUUUGAUCAUUUGUAUUGUAUAUCAUAUAUUUGUUCUGUAUUCUAAGAUUUUGCACCCUUAUGUCCAUAAAUAUGUGAUGCCAAAAUUGAUAGUGUUACAGGGAUACCAAAUGACUAAUAAUCAUGAGUGUAAAUGAUCGUCAAAUGGGCAUUCCUUUUAUUUUAUCUUCUACAAUGAUGUAUCUGUAAAUUAUGUUAUGGUAAAUGUAUCAUUUUAUAUGGAUUUAACUGUGAAUUUAUACAUAAAUGCAGUAUAUGUCAGAUUAUCGCAUGAAUAAAGGCACCGAUUUGU